AUGUCUGACGACGAAGAAAUUUAUAAUAUUGCAGGAUCUCUUGUGUCUAAAGAUGAUGAAAGUGAUGAUUAUUCUUCAUCUUCAGGAGAAGAAGAUAACAAUGUUCAAGAUGAAAUAAUCUCAGAUGAUGAUGAUGAUGAAGAUAAAGAAGAGGAUAAUACCCCACCAAAGAAGAAAAUGAAAAAAUCUAAACCUAAUCCACAAUCUUUCCCAUCAUUGGAAUUAUCAGAUAAUGAAAAUGGUAACUCCGAUAAAGAAGAUGAUGAUGAUGAUUCAAAAAUUUCAAGUUAUUUUAGAACAAAUAACCCAACUGCUAAAAAAGCCAAAGCAGGUUCAUUUGCAUCCUUUGGAUUAACUAAAUUUAUCUUAACAAAUAUUGCUAAAAAAGGUUAUAAACAACCAACUCCAAUUCAGAGAAAAACUAUUCCUUUAAUUAUGGAAGGUAGAGAUGUUGUGGGUAUGGCACGUACUGGUUCCGGUAAAACUGCAGCAUUUGUAUUACCAUUAAUUGAACAAUUAAAACUGCGUCAAACUAAUGGUGUAAGAGCAAUUAUUAUUUCACCUUCAAGAGAAUUGGCAUUACAAACUUAUAAACAAGUUAAGGAAUUUAGUAAUGGUACUAAUUUAAAAUCAAUUGUAUUGAUUGGUGGUGAUUCAUUAGAAGAAGAUUUCUCAAAAAUGAUGACUAAACCAGAUGUAAUUGUUUGUACACCUGGUAGAUUUUUGCAUUUAAAAGUUGAAAUGGAAUAUGAUUUAAAAACUGUUCGAUAUAUUGUAUUUGAUGAAGCUGAUAGAUUAUUUGAAAUGGGUUUUGCUGAACAAUUGAAUGAAUUGAUUGCUUCAUUACCUACAAAUAGACAAUCUUUAUUGUUUUCUGCUACUUUACCUAGAUCUUUGGUUGAUUUUGCUAAAGCUGGUUUGAGUAGUCCCGUUUUGGUUAGAUUGGAUGCUGAAUCCAAGAUUUCUGAUCAAUUACAAAUGGCUUAUUUCACAACAAAGAAAAAUGAAAGAGAAGCUAAUUUAUUGUAUAUAUUACAAGAAAUUAUCAAAAUGCCAUUAGGCUCUCCUGAAGAAAUUAAAAAAUUGAGAGACUUGGAUAAAAGACAAGUUGAUUCUGAUGAAGAAGACGAUGAAGGAGAUGAUAAAUCAAGAGGAAAGAAAAGAAAGUUUAAGUUUAAAAAGGAGAGAUUACCACCAGCAAAUCAAUUACCUUCACCAUUUUCUACAAUUAUAUUUGUACCUACUAAACAUCAUGUUGAAUAUGUUACAAGAUUAUUAAGAGAUGCUGGAUACCUUGUGUCUUAUAUUUAUGGUACAUUAGAUCAGCAUGCAAGAAAGAACCAAUUAUAUCAAUUCAGAGUUGGUUUAACAAAUAUUUUAGUGGUUACUGAUGUUGCUGCAAGAGGUAUUGAUAUUCCAGUGUUGGCAAAUGUUAUUAAUUUCACUUUACCUGCAUCUUCUAAAAUUUUCAUUCAUAGAGUUGGUAGAACUGCUAGAGCUGGUAAUAAAGGUUGGGCUUAUUCUAUUGUUAAUGAAAAGGAAUUACCUUAUUUAUUGGAUUUGGAAUUAUUCUUGGGUAAAAAAAUCUUACUCACUUCUAUGCAUGAGGCUAAAGUUGAAAUGUUAAAGAAAUCCCAAGGUGAAUCUUCAUUUAUUCCACCAGUUGUUAAUUAUACUGAAAGAUUAGUAUUAGGGUCUAUUCCAAGAUUAGAUCUUGAAACAUUUCAAGAACUUUAUGAAAAUUUGUUAAGAAAUGAUUAUGAAAUUAAAGUAUUAAAAGAUGUUGCAAUCAAGGGGGAAAGACUUUAUCAUAGAACAAGAGCUUCAGCAUCUCAAGAAUCUUUGAAAAGAAGUAAAGAAAUUUUAGAAAAUUCAUGGGAUGAUCAACAUUUAUUAUUUGGUGAAAAUUUAGAAAAACAAAAAUUGGAUUUUUUAAAUAAAUUACAGAAUAGAAUAAGUAAACAAACAGUAUUUGAAUUUAAAGGAAAUGAUGAAAGUUUAGUUGAAUUUAUGAACAAAAGAAGACGUCAACUUGCUCCAAUUCAAAGAAAAGCAAAAGAAAGAAGAGAAUUAUUACAAAAGGAAAGAUUAGCUGGUUUAACUCAUGGUAUUGAAGAUGAAGUAUUACAUACUCAAGGUGAAAGUGGCUAUAAUGUUGAUGAAGAAGAAUUACAAGAAACUUUUGAAGAUGCUGAUAAUGGUAAAAAAUCUUUUAGAGAUCCAAAUUUCUUUCUUAGUCAUUAUGCCCCAGCUUCAGUUAUUCAAGAUCAACAAUUGGCAAUUUCUUCAUCAUUUGCAAAUGAAGCCCAAAAUGCUACUUUUGAUUUAGAAAAUGAUGAUAAAAUUCAAAAGAAUAAACAAAUUAUGAAAUGGGAUAAAAAGAAAGGGAAAUAUAUUAAUUCAAAAUCUACAGACAAAAAAUAUAUUAUUUCAGAAAGUGGUACCAGAAUUCCUGCUUCUUUUAGAUCUGGUAAAUUUGAUGAAUGGAAGAAACAAAGAAAUAUUAAAUCUACUAAAACUGCUAUUGUUGAAGAUGAUAGAAAUGGUUCAAAUAAAAACUUUAAACAUAAACAACAGAAAAGUCCUAAAUUACCUGAUAAAUACAGAGAUGAUUAUCAUAAACAAAAGAAGAAGGUUGAAAAGGCUAUCGAGUCAGGUGUUUCUGUUAAAGGGUAUCAUGGUAAAGGUAAUGUUCAUCAAGAAAUCAAAUCAACUGAACAAAUUAGAAAAGAAAGAUUACUUAAAGAGAAAAGAAGAGCUAAAAAUGCUAGACCAAGUAAGAAAAGAUAA